AUGAAAAUCGGCCAGCAAGAACAUUCCUUUACUUUCGGUUCAUCAUCACAUAUUUUUUCAUGGAAAGACAUGGAAAGGACACUUCAUUUUCCAGGAGACUACCUAAGAAAGUCCACGUUGAGAACAUUGGCCAGAAAUAUAUCUGGGUAUGACCUACCUCCGUCGCGGAUAGACUCGAAUACUUUCCCUGAUGAAGACUAUGCGGCGGAGACAGCCAACUCUGCGUGGCAGGAGGUUGGAGCUGAGAUUAAGGGUACUCAGAAGCCUCUGGACCGGGCAGAUAUCAUCUCCCGUGUUUUUCAGCAGAAGAAGCAGCAGCUCUUUCGCAAAGUCCAGGAGAAGGAGAUUUCGAGACGUGCACUGGUCGGUUCUCAACCAUUGAGUGCCAGAAGCGUACCCUGA